UGGCAAAAAGCUGAGCAAAGACGUAACACAGUGGUAUGUAGGCAGAAAAUCCACAACAGGUUUCCAUUCAUAGACGAAUUCAAGAUUCAUGAAACAUGGGAAUAAGAGUUUUGCUCGUUGUCACCUCUUUUGUGGCUCUGGCCAGUGCAGUCAGUAUCUCUCUUGAAGACCUGGAGUUCAAUGCCUGGAAACUGAAGUUUGGUAAGAUCUAUAAGUCUGUGGAGGAAGAGACGCAGCGUAAAAAUACAUGGAUCGAAAAUCGCAAGCUGGUCCUUCUACACAACAUGUUGGCUGACCAGGGCAUUAAGAGCUACAGACUCGACAUGACCUUUUUGGCAGACAUGGAUAACAAAGAGUACAGAGAGUUAAAGGGAUGCCUGGAAAACUUAAACAGGACCAAGAAACACAGUGCAGCUACAUUUCUCCGACAAGCAGGUGGAGUUGUUUUGCCUGAUACUGUGGACUGGAGGAAGGAAGGAUAUGUGACAGAGGUUAAGGACCAGGGGUUUUGUGGCUCUUGCUGGGCCUUCAGUGCGACUGGCUCACUGGAGGGCCAGACAUUUAGGAAAACAGGGAAGCUGGUGUCAUUGAGUGAGCAGCAGUUAGUGGACUGCACCUGCCUUUACGGUAACAUCGGCUGCCAAGGAGGCUGGAUGGACUGGGCUUUUCUAUACAUUAUAGACAACAAUGGGAUUGACACUGAGGAGUCCUACCCUUAUAUGGCCAGAAACAUGCCCUGUAAGUUUAAUCCAGCUACUGUGGGAGCCAUCUGCACUGGAUCUGUGGAUAUAAACAGUGGAGAUGAGAAAGCUCUACAGGAAGCCGUGGCCACCAUUGGACCCAUUUCUGUUGCCAUAGAUGCAAGUCAUACUUCCUUUCAGCUCUAUAAAUCUGGUAUUUAUGAUGAGCCUGCCUGUAGCAGCAGUAGGGUUAAUCAUGGUGUCCUGGUUGUUGGUUAUGGGACCGAACGUGGAAAUGACUACUGGCUGGUCAAGAACAGCUGGGGUGUUUCCUGGGGUGACAAUGGCUACAUCAAGAUGUCAAGAAACAAAAAUAAUCAGUGUGCUAUUGCGAAAUAUGCCAGCUAUCCUUUGGUUUAAAAGUGUGCAAAAUAACAGUCAACUACAAUAUGUCAUAGUAGCCAGUGCUUUUUAUUUUAAGUGAUAAAAAUAGCAUUAACUACUAGAUUUUGAGCAUAAAUAAUAUCAGUUUGUACUUGAAAUAAAUAUACAGUAUACUUUCUUUACAAGUUUUUUUGUGCUGCAAACACAUGACAUGAUUAUCUACACAUGAUGCAUGUACUGCAUGUGACAAUGCUCAUAGUCUUGAACUCAAAAGAAAAAAAACGCAAAAAAAAAAAAAAAUUUAUAUGACAUUACUGGAAAUCUGGUAGUCUUUUUUUGUGAUUGAUUAUCAUUUUUGAUUUCUUUCUAAAUUACCUUAUGAUUUGUUAAAGCACUUUUGAUCAAGAGGGUUAUGGCAUUUAAUAGAAUGAUAUGUUUAGCAUAAAAAACCUUGGUCUUUAGUAAUGUUGUUUUUGCUUUAAUAAAAGAAAUCUCAUGCAAACGGUAUUAGUCUUUUUCAGCAAUAUAUUGUUCCGCAUUUAGACACAUUUCUAGUCCUUUUUUAUGUUGCAAAUGUUUACAUCAUGGCAUUUGCCAUAGAAAGUGAGUUGUAACAUAAAAUAUUUUGAGAUGAAAAUAA